UUGGUUAUAAGUUCUAAACCAGAACCCCAUUGAUUUGCUUAUCUCUCCGUGUAAGGGUUUUGCGAUUUGCAGAGAGUGAGAUUGAGAAAUGGAGAAGAUGAGGAGAUCGAUGUCGAGUGUAUUUACAUCGAAGACGAUGAGAUUUCUUCAUCUUAAUCUCCAGGGGAAAGGUAAUCCUCGAAUUGCUCCUUCUUUCAUUAAUCUUUGUUGGGGAAGAGGUUUCGCUAGUGGCUGUGAUGAUUACAGAGAGAUAUUGAGAAAUGGGCUACAGGAUAUAAAGUUAGAUGAUGCAGUUGGUUUGUUCAGUGUUAUGGUACAGUCUCGUCCACGCCCUUCAAUCAUUGAGUUCAGUAAAUUGUUGAGUACCAUUGCUAAAAUGAAGAAGUUUGAUGUUGUCAUCUCUCUCGGCGAGCAGAUGCAGAAGUUGGGGAUUUCACAUAAUCUCUAUACUUACAAUAUUUUGAUCAACUGUUUUUGCCGCCGCUCUCAACUCUCUCUUGCUUUAGCUGUUCUUGGAAAGAUGAUGAAACUAGGCUAUGAGCCCAGCAUUGUUACGCUUUCUUCGCUGCUCAAUGGCUACUGUCACGGUAAGAGGAUAUCCGAGGCUGUAGCUUUGGUUGAUCAAAUGGUUGAAAUGGGAUAUAAACCUAAUUCGGUGACAUUUACAACUCUAAUCCAUGGGCUUUUUCUCCACAACAAAGCUUCAGAAGCUGUGGCUUUAGUUGAUCAAAUGGUUCAAAGAGGCUGUCAACCAGAUCUGGUUACUUAUGGUAGCAUAGUAUAUGGAGUAUGUAAGAUAGGUGAUACUGAUUUGGCUUUAAGUAUUCUCAAGAAGAUGGAAGAAAUAAAAAUAGAGGCUGAUGUUGUGAUCUACAGCACAAUCAUUGAUGGUCUUUGCAAAUACAAACAUAUGGAUAGUGCGCUCCACCUAUUCAACGAAAUGGAGAACAAAGGAAUUAAACCAAAUGUUGUUACCUACAACUCCCUCAUUAGUUGCCUUUGUAAUUACGGAAGAUGGAGUGAUGCCUCUAGACUCCUAAGUGAUAUGAUUGAGAAGAAAAUCAACCCCGAUGUAGUCACCUUCAGCACAUUGAUCGAUGCGUUUGUGAAGGAGGGGAAGCUUUUAGAGGCUGAGAAAUUGUUAGAUGAGAUGAUCCAAAGGUCUAUAGAUCCUAAUACUUUCACUUUCAAUUCACUGAUCAAUGGGUUUUGCAUGCACAAUCGCCUAGAUGAGGCCAAGGAUAUGUUUGAUUUGAUGGUUAGCAAACGUUGUUUCCCAGAUGUAGUGACAUAUAAUACUCUCAUAAAUGGAUUUUGUAAGACUAAGAGAGUAGAUGAUGGAAUGGAACUUUUCCGCGAGAUGUCUCAAAGAGGAUUGAUUGGCGACACCGUCACUUACAACACACUAAUCCAAGGGUUUUUUCAAGCUGGAGAUUGUGAUAUGGCUCAAGAAACUUUUAGUCAAAUGGAUUCUUUUGGUGUCUUUCCUGAUCUUUGGACUUAUAACAUUUUGUUAGAUGGACUUUGUAAUAACGGGAGGCUAGAGAAAGCAUUGGUGGUAUUUGAGUGUUUGCAGAAGAGUGAAAUGGAACUUGAUAUAUUCACAUAUAAUAUUAUGAUUGAAGGGAUGUGCAAGGCUGGGAAGGUGGAAGAUGGGUGGGAUCUAUUUUGUAGCCUCAGCCUUAAAGGAGUGACGCCUAAUGUUGUAACCUACACUUCAAUGAUCUCAGGAUUCUGUAGGAAAGGUUUAAAGCAGGAAGCAUAUGCUUUGUUCAAAAAAAUGAAAGAAGAUGGGCCUCUUCCUAAUAGUGGUACUUAUAACACCCUAAUAAGGGAGCAUCUUAGAGAUGGUGACAAAGCAGCAUCAGCUGAACUCAUCAGAGAAAUGAGGAGUUGCAAUUUUGGUGGAGAUGCUUCAACCAUUGGCUUGGUCACUAACAUGUUACAUGAUGGGAGAUUGGAUAAAAGCUUCCUCGAUAUGCUUUCUUAAAACACUUGCAUCAUCCACCAGAGAAAAAGCUGUGCGGUUACGGACAAGAGUUGAUGCAAUCACUUGUUCUCUUGUUGAGACAAGAAUAGUCUUCAAAGACAGAGAAGCUCGCUCUUAUCAUGAACAUUUCAAACUUCAAAUGAUGUUUGUUAUAUGUAAGUCCCAAUCUUUUUCGUUGUUAUAUAUAUCUUUAUUUCUCCUCAUAAUGCAAAAGUAUUUUGUGAUUGUGAGUUGAUAUACUCUUAUCUGGUUUUAGAUUCGAUAGUGUAGUGGAACAGAGUUAAUAACUAAUUUUGUUUAGCUAAACUUGUAUGGUAAUAAUUGAGUUAGCCAUUUAGGUAACUAAUAUGUUGUUCUU